AUGAGCACGGUGUCAGCAACCCCGCAGCAGAUGAGGGACCGGCUGCUGCAGGCCAUCGACAGUCAGAGCAAUAUAUGCAACAUGGUGGUAGUACUGGAGGUCAUAACGUGUCUGGAGAAAUAUCCCAUCACCAAAGAAGCACUUGAGGAAACUCGACUCGGCAAGCUCAUCAAUGAUGUGAGGAAGAAAACAAAGGAUGAAGACCUUGCUAAACGGGCGAAGAAACUGCUGAGGAACUGGCAGAAGCUCAUAGAACCAGGUUCAGCUGUUGCUGUCAGUGCUGCUCCUGGAUCCACCAAUGGCAGCUCCCAUCCGUGUCGGACAGAGCCUGCUCCCGUGGACGUCCCUGUGUCGGGGAAGGUCGUCCCUGAAGUUAAGCUGCGGAAUGAUGUCCACAAUACUUACUCUCCCAAAGCCGAGAAAUCGAGUCGUAAGAGACGCGCUGAGAACCGGGACAGUGGAGUGCACUUACCAGAAAAAAUCUCCAAGUUCACGUCCUACGAGAUCUCCUCGUCUCCGCUGCCCAGUAAUGGCGUCAUGGCCAGUCCAGAACGACAGGAGCAGGAGGUGGUGCCCUCGCCGGAGCGCCUGCGGCCGGAGCACCCUGACAAUGAUAAAAUUGUCAGGAUUCCCGUACAUCCUGUCAAACCUCGGCCCAGUUCUCCGGGAAUGGCCAAACUGCCGAGCACCUCAGCUUUGAUCAAAGCCGCGGUGCUACAGAAGGCGCGGCUGGACGACGGCGGUGGAGGGGGGUAUCUUCAGGCCCGCAGCCCUCGGAGCGUGAAGCAGGACGCCAAGUGCUCCGUCCCUUAUGCACUAGACUCUCCACUAUCAGUGCCCUCUCCCUCGCAGCCCCCCUUCACCGACAGACUGCCUCCUCCUCCUCAGAGGUCUUCUACACCGCACUGGCCGUCGGAGAGUUUGCUACAGGACACGUCUCAUUUAGAGUCUCCUGUCGUAUCUCCAUCACCAGAACUCAGACCCUCGCUGUCCGAGGACCCGGAACACUCUAUCCUCUCCAACGCAGGACUUAAACGAAAGAAAUACCGCUCCAGAGACUACGCUGUUAAUUUAGACGGUCAGAAACUAGAGGAUCCAAGUAAACCUGUGCGGUUAAAAGAACGCCGACUGACUUUCGACCCGGUCACUGGGCAGAUCAAACCUUUAGUCCAUAAAGAACAGACUCAUUCUGAGGAAACUACACUUUCAUUUUCAGAACCCUUAAAAACUGAAAGCACUGCCCCGCCGCCCCCCACAUUAGCCAGUACCCCCGCUCCCCCCGGCCAAGGUCCCAACCCGUUUCAACAGACUAACUGGAAGGAGCUGUCGACCAACGAGAUCAUCCAGUCGUACCUCCACCUCCAGAGCAACGUGCUGACUUCCUCUGGCGUGCAGGCCCCCGGAGCUCACUUCUUCAUGUCAGAGUUCUUAAAACGGGAGGAUAAGGACGUAGCGGAGCCGCGGCACACGCACGUGCUGGAGGUGAGCGCGCCGGUGCUGCAGCUGCCGGGGCUGACGCAGGAGAUAACGCAGGAGCACAUGGACCGCAUUCACACACAGCACUGGCCCGGAGUCAACGGCUGCAGAGACACGCAGGGCGCCUGGUACGACUGGACAGACUGCAUCUCGCUCGACCCUCACGGGGACGAGAGCAGACUCAACAUCCUGCCACCGAGGCCGCGCCCCGCGUCUGCUCAGACCGAGGCCGCGCCCCGCGUCUGCUCAGACCGAGGCCGCGCCCCGCGUCUGCUCAGACCGAGGCCGCGCCCCGCGUCUGCUCAGACCGAGGCCGCGCCCCGCGUCUGCUCAGACCGAGGCCGCGCCCCGCGUCUGCUCAGACCGGGGCCGCGCCCCGCGUCUGCUCAGACCGAGGCCGCGCCCCGCGUCUGCUCAGACCGAGGCCGCGCCCCGCGUCUGCUCAGACCGAGGCCGCGCCCCGCGUCUGCUCAGACCGGGGCCGCGCCCCGCGUCUGCUCAGACCGAGGCCGCGCCCCGCGUCUGCUCAGACCGAGGCCGCGCCCCACGUCUGCUCAGACCGAGGCCGCGCCCCACGUCUGCUCAGACCGAGGCCGCGCCCCACGUCUGCUCAGACCGGGGCCGCGCCCCACGUCUGCUCAGACCGGGGCCGCGCCCCACGUCUGCUCAGACCGGGGCCGCGCCCCACGUCUGCUCAGACCGAGGCCGCGCCCCACGUCUGCUCAGACCGAGGCCGCGCCCCACGUCUGCUCAGACCGAGGCCGCGCCCCACGUCUGCUCAGACCGAGGCCGCGCCCCACGUCUGCUCAGACCGAGGCCGCGCCCCACGUCUGCUCAGACCGAGGCCGCGCCCCACGUCUGCUCAGACCGAGGCCGCGCCCCACGUCUGCUCAGACCGAGGCCGCGCCCCACGUCUGCUCAGACCGAGGCCGCGCCCCACGUCUGCUCAGACCGAGGCCGCGCCCCACGUCUGCUCAGACCGACGCCUGUCCACUGUGA